AUGUCAAGUACACAAGAUGAAAGUGUUGUUGAUGAUGAUGUAACUCCAUCACAAUCUCAAUUAGUACCAGAAAGUACGGUUGCUAUUUCGACAAUUGAUGUCAUUGGUGAACCAAACAAUCAGAAAUGGACAUCAACAUUAAUUCUAUCGAUUAUUAUUGUUGUACUAUCUACCAGCUUUGUCAUGGGAGUUAAUAUUGGUGGACCAAAUUUAUAUAAUGGUUUUAUGGUUCCAUGGGCGCGUGGUUAUCCAUUUCCUUGUCAAAAGGAAAUUGGUACAGCUCAAUGGAUCGCACGUAAAUGGUGGAAUUGCGUUUAUAAUGAUACUACCGUGAAUAGCAAUGGCUAUUACUAUCUACCGGAAAUACCUAAAGAUAAUCUUAUUGGCCAACGAUUACAAGAUUCUCUUCAUAAUAUUUUAUUUGUUAUUGGCGGUUUUAUUGGUGCUUAUUCAGGACAAUUUUGGUACAAAUGUUUAUCAAGACGUAAUGCUAUUUUUGCAAAUAUGCCAUUUCAAAUAGUAGCAUCAAUAUUUAUGAUAAUUACAUUAUAUAUAUAUAAUGGAUACGAAACAAAUGAUCCCGAUAAAGCUACUUUAGAUAAAGCAAGAAAACUUAAAGAUGUUGCUAUAAGUUUUUUCUAUAUUUCUCGAUUUUUCUUUGGAUUUGCUGCUGGUAUGUGUUGUGUGGUAUCUACAUCUUAUUUAAAUGAGAUUAGUCCACGAGCACUUCGAGGUACUGUAGGUUCUUGUCAUCAAUUAGCAAUUGUUAUCGGUAUUCUUCUUGGACAAAUUAUUGGUUUACCAUGGAUAUUAGGACGACAUAAUACUUGGAAUUGGGGAAUGGCAUGGGUAGGUUUAUUACCAUUGAUAGGUUCAGUACUUAUCUGGACAUUACCUGAAAGUCCUCGAUGGCUUGUACAAGAGCAAAGACAAAAUGAAGCUGCACAAUCAUUACGUAAAUUACGACAAAGUAAUGAUAUUGAAGCAGAAUUAGUUGAAAUUCAAAAUGAAGAAACUGCACUAACUAGAAAAGAUCUUGGUAUUAUUAAAGUACUUUCAUCAAGUGAAUUUCGUUGGCCAUUAAUUACAAGUUUAGUAUUAAAUGCUAUUCAGCAAUUAUCAGGAAUUGAUGCUGUAUUCUUCUAUUCAGCAGAUAUGUUUUCAUUAGCUGGUCUACGUGAUGAAAAAGUACUUUGGGGUAUAUUAGCUACAGGUAUUAUUAAUCUUAUUGCAACACUUAUUGCAUUAAAAUUAAUUGAAUUAUUGGGACGUCGUCCAUUAAUUAUUUGGCCAUUAGCUGCUAUUAUAGUUAUUAUGAUUGGUCUUACAAUAUUUAUUGUUUUAAAUGCAAAAAAUCCUGAAGAGAAAAAAGAAGCAUUAGCAAUAGUUAGUAUUGUAUUUAUUCUUAUCUUUAUUGUUUUAUUUGCAAUUGGUCUUGGACCUAUACCAUACGUAUAUUCUAAUGAAGUAUUUCCUGUCGAAGCACGUGCUGCUGGACUAUCAUUAGCAAUGUUUAUCAAUUGGUUUUGUAAAUUUUUAAUUGCUACGUUCUUUUUACCACUUCAAUCAGCUAUUGAAGGUUAUGUAUUUCUUCUAUUCUGUUUAUUUGUGGCAUUGGCAUUCACUUUACUAUUCUUUAAAAUGCCCGAAACAAAAAAUAAGAGAUUACAAGAAAUUCAAACAUUUUGGAAAUAA